UCGGAUUUAGGAUUAGAAGAAGGCUUUUGACCUUCAUUGAGGUUACCUUCUCAGAAAAAAACCGCCCGGUUUAACACCCGAUAAAUACACAAAACAGUUACAAUUCACUUGUGAGUGACCGCGCCUCAUUUUUCUAGAUAACAACAACGUAAAGUCCGGAAGACGAUUAUGGCUCAACCGCUCGUAAAUCCGGGGGUCCCAUUAACGGCGCCUUUCGAUGGGCCCCUUUUUCCGGGGAAAAUGGUCCGUAUUCGAGGAUAUACCCCUCCAAAUGGAGAACGAUUUGAUAUUAAUUUUCAAACAAAACCCACUGCUUACGAUACUGAUGAUAUAGCUUAUCAUAUUUCAUUUCGCAUGAUGCAAGGAUAUGUUGCUAGGAAUUCUUUUCAAAAUGGGGAUUGGCAGAUGGAAGAAGGUGAUGGAGAUUUACCUAUACAGAAUGGGGUCCCAUUUGAGUUGUUGAUUUUAAUUGAAGAUAUGCAAUUUAAGCUUGCAAUUAAUGGAAGACACUAUUGCGAUUUUCGCCACAGAAUACCAUUCCAAGCAAUCACCCAUUUAGGUAUUGAAGGGGAUAUAACAUUGUCAUUGGUUGCAUUUGAAGGUAAUCCCCCAGCGUAUGGUUCCCAACCAAAUUACAAUGGACAACCCGAAAUGUACGCACCUGGUCAACCAUACGGGCAACCCGGAAUGCCAUCAGCUCCACCACCUUAUUCCCCUGCAGUAAAUAUGCCCCAGAUGUACGCGCCACCCCCAAUGGGAAUGCCCCCGCCCUACGGAUCAGGAUAUUCCCAUCCACCGAUGUAGCCAACCAAGGUGAAUUCGUGUCCUGAUGGUAGUUGUCAAGGAUAACCGUCAUGUGUCUUCAAUUUCACGCUUUCCCACUACUUCGUUUUGUUGUUAGAACAAUAAUAUUCCUAUUAAUAUACCACAUAGAAUAUAAAACAAAGUAUUGCAAUGAUAAAAAAAUUAGUACAGUCAAUAUAUUCUAUUCCUGGCAAUUUGUAAAAUGUUACUGUUAGAUCUGCCUUCUAUGUUUUAUAUAAUAUAUAUGUUGUAUUGAGGGGUACUGUUUAAUAAAAUAAUUAAAACUAUAA